AAAAACUGUCACACGCUGUCAACACACAUGAUAAAUUUAUUGAAUAGCUACAUUUUAAUCAAUCUUUGUCACUAAAACAUACAGUAUAUAUAUUCAAAGUAUGAUACAGGUAUCUAAGGAUCGCUUUUCCUGUAGUUACUUGACUGACUAAAUGAUUAAUUGACCCAGAUUGGUGCUACACUGAUUUCUGAGUUGGUCCAGAAAAAAAAAAACAACACACACACGACUGCUUGAACGUCGCAGUGUGAUUGUGAUACAGCUCAUUUGUUUACAACAGUUGUACCAAUGUUUCAAAAAUUAAUGUCUUUUACUGAUUUAUUCAUGUCAACAUUUUAAAUGCGGUCCCGUAAAAGACAGAAAUACCGUGUUGUCCUACUUUAGGUUGCAUGUUUCCAUAUUUCUGUACCACCUCCUUGAACCGUUAAUUACAGAAAUCCGCUUCCACCUGCCCUUGGUGCAAGGAUUUGAUUUCUGACAAAAUGUCUGCUCAGGGAUUAUGUGGGAUUUGAUAUGAGCAGUGACACACAAGUUCUAAUGCUUCUCAAAGAUUUUUUGACAAUCCCUCCCAUGAUAGGCUAUACUGUAGAUGUCUACCUAUUAUUUGUUCUAUUCGUUCUCUGUUGGUGAAAACACGAGGCGCAGUCUGUGUUCUGUCUUUAAUAUCUGCUCUCUCUCUCUCUCUUUCUCUUUGUCUCUCUCUCUUUUUGUUCUUCCGCAGUAACUCCUGGGUUUGUCUCACUUCACAAAAAGCCUCACUCGAAUCCCCAGACGACAACGAGAAAAAAAGGGAAUAACAUCUGUUUAUCUGCAUAUUUCUAUGUUCAAAACACAAGAGGAAAAAACACAGAGAUCGACAGAGGACGGAAAACAUCUCCGAGGAUGCGGAAUUAGAAAGAACAAAUUGCCACUGGGGGACCAAAGGGAAAAUAAACCUUUUCUCGCAAAUCCACCAGCGUGGAGUCACCUCACCUGUACAUUCGGAUUAAAGAGCAGGGUCAUGUCCCAGUUGCCAUGCGCAUCGCCACGCUGACCUGCCUUCCCGGCCCUUCCCCCUUCCUCUUUCUAUUGGCCCAGCUGCUACUGCGGCUCCUCCUCCCUGGGCCGGAGUUGGUGGGAGCCGCUUCCUCUUGCCCCUCCCUGUGCACCUGCUCCAACCAGGCCAGCCGAGUCAUCUGCACCAGGCAGAACCUGGAGGAGGUGCCCGAAAGCAUAUCAGUCAACACGCGAUACCUCAACCUGCAGGAGAACUCGAUACAGGUUAUCAAGUCAGACACUUUCAAGCACUUGAGGCACCUCGAGAUCCUCCAGCUCUCCAAGAAUCAGAUCCGUCAGAUUGAAGUAGGAGCAUUCAAUGGCCUCCCCAACCUCAACACGCUGGAGCUCUUCGACAACCGCCUCACACUGGUGCCAUCACAUGCCUUUGAGUACCUCAGCAAGCUGCGGGAGCUGUGGCUGCGCAACAACCCUAUUGAGACUUUGCCAGGCUAUGCCUUCCACCGUGUGCCCUCGCUGCGUCGCCUGGACCUUGGUGAGCUCAAGAAGUUGGAUUUCAUCUCUGACGCAGCCUUUGUGGGCCUCAUCAAUCUACGGUACCUGAACUUGGGCAUGUGCGGGCUGAAGGACAUUCCCAAACUGACUGCCCUUGUGCGUUUGGAGGAGCUGGAGCUGUCAGGAAACCGGCUGGAGAUCAUCCGACCCGGUUCCUUCCAGGGCCUGGUGUCCCUCCGCAAGCUGUGGCUCAUGCAUUCACAGGUGUCCGUCAUUGAGCGCAACGCCUUUGACGACCUGAAAAACCUGGAGGAGCUCAACCUGUCCCAUAACUCCCUACACUCUUUGCCCCAUGACCUCUUCACACCCCUUCACCAGCUGGAGAGGGUGCACCUGAACCACAACCCCUGGGUCUGCAACUGUGAUGUGCUUUGGCUUAGUUGGUGGUUGAAAGAGACGGUGCCUAGCAACACCACCUGCUGCGCCCGCUGCCAUGCUCCCCCGUUCUUAAAGGGCAAGUACAUCGGAGAACUUGACCAGAGCCACUUCACCUGCUACGCGCCUGUCAUCGUGGAACCACCUACAGACCUCAACGUCACUGAGGGUAUGGCUGCUGAGCUCAAGUGUCGCACAAGCACCUCCACAACAUCUGUCAACUGGAUCACCCCUAACGGCACUCUGAUGACCCAUGGCUCUUACCGGGUGCGGAUAUCCGUCCUGCAUGAUGGCACGCUCAACUUCACGAAUGUCACCCUGCGAGACACAGGCCAGUACACCUGCAUGGUCACCAACGCUGCUGGCAAUACCACAGCAACCGCUGUCCUCAACGUCACUGCUGCUGAUGCCAGCGUCAACUACACCUACUUUACAACAGUCACCGUGGAAACAGUUGAGCCGCCAGGAAAUGAAGAAUCCGCACGGGUUGCCAUCAAUGAGACCACCAUUCGUGUUCAUCCUGGUCCCACUCCCUCGGGCCACUUUUGGUCAGAAGGUUUUCCUACCACAGCCUCUUCUCUGUCAGCCAGCUGGUCCUCCUCCUCUCCUCGGGCCACCCGACCCACCUUCACUGUGCCCAUCACUGAACCGGGCUUCUCGGGCCUGGAUGAUGUGAUGAAGACCACCAAGAUCAUCAUCGGCUGCUUCGUAGCCAUUACCUUCAUGGCAGCAGUGAUGCUGGUGGUGUUCUACAAGCUGAGGAAACAACACCAGCUGCAUAAACACCACGGCCCCGCUCGUGCCAUCGAGAUCAUCAAUGUGGAGGAUGAGCUGGGUGCCGGGGCCAGCGGUCGGGGCAGCGGUAUCUCAGGAGGCUCCACCGUGACGCAGACCGGAAGCAGUGGAAUAGGAGGGGGCCAGACCCUCAGGUUGCACCACCCGGAGAUAGUCAACCUGCCGAAUCUGGCCCGAUCGGAGCACCUCAACCACUACUAUAAAACCCAUCACUUCAACAACAACAUGAUGGGCUUAGGCGUGGGCACGGGUUCUGGUGUGGGCCUCAACAACAACAACAACCCGUCGCCUUGCUCUCAGAACAUGUCCAUAUCCUGUUCCCAGGUUCCAACGUCCACCAGUGGGGGAACGCCCACAGGUGGCACCCUUCCCUCCCCUGUGCCCCUGCCCCAGUUGGGUCUCCACAGUUCUCUGAAAGGCCUAAUGGGUAAAGGCCAGAAUGAGCCCCUGCUUUUUAAAAGCGGCUCCAAGGAAAAUGUGCAAGAGACUCAAAUCUGAGUAACAGUGAGAGUGAAAGUAAGAGGUAAGAGGAAGGGGAUGCUGGAUAGAGACAGAAGGAGCCUGUGACCAAGUACAUGAGACUGAUUGUAGCCUACCGUCCUCGUGGACAAUGAAAUUUCACAUAGUCACUGCUUUGCGUUGUCAAUCUGUUGACAGAGAGAAGCAGAUAGGAAGACUGUAGAAGACAGAGUACGAUAUCUGAUCAGCACUAGUCCCACCAGUAGCAUCUGCACAUACUUUUCAACUAAAUCAGACACUUAAAAUGUAAACCACAAACAUCAGAAUCAUUCUGUUGCCUGUGCAACCUGCUAUAGUCUUUGCCAAAGUCCGAGAUCACGCCAACUCUUUACAUUUACGUCCACAAUUAGAGUGGAAAGCUAUGAAUAUACAUGUGCAGGUUUUAUACAGAUUGCUUCGUAUAUUUCCAGACACAUUUCAGUGUAUAUAUUUGGAGGGAGACAUAAUAUUGGCCAUUGAACAUGUUGUCAGAUUAGUGUUUGGCAGAGACAUUGAAUAACAAACAAUGGUUUGGGUGAGCGCUACGGUCCCAGGUUUCCAGGAAGCACUAAAACAGAACAGAGAAAGCAAAAUUAGAGCAGUGCGGCGAUUCUGUCCAGGACACACGUCUAGUACUAGUACUUUGCAGGGAGACAGAACAACAACAAUUGUUUUUUCAGAGUGGUUUCACUCUCACUUUCUCACUUUUUUCCCUUUCACACCUUCCUGGCUACUGUCUUCUUGAAGGAGGAAAGACACGGAGUGAGUUAUCACGGGAGAAGAAAAAUCCUGUGGCGUAAUGGACAAUGAGAGAUCUAAAAAGGACUGAAAGUACAUAUUAUAUAUACCGUAAAUAUAUUUUCAUUCAAAGAAAUAAAUUAUAAAGAAUCUUUAACAAGCUUCUGACUGAGAACUACAACAUCUGAAGAAUAUAUUUAAAAAAGAAACACACACACAAUUGUUGUAGCGGCCCACCCUUACAACUUUUCUUAACUCGGAACAAGAUGGCCGCUCCGACUGUGCUGCAUAAGGUCACAUUUGAAAGAGUGGCGUCAGUUUAAGCAGGAGCUAAAACAAAAACCUGGCAAAGUGUUUGAGUGAAUUUAUUUUGGUCUUGACUUUUUUUGUAGCCACACAAAGUGUUUUUCCCUCCCCUGUCGCAUUCACAUAAACAGGGUCAUGGGAGGAGGGAGACCUUCAUGCUCUACUGCGAAAAUAUGAAAUACGACUACGGCUCGUCAGCAUUUGGUAUACAGUAUAGCUAUAGUAUUAAUAAUAAUGAUCAUAAUGGUAAUAAUGAUAACAAGUGUUUAUUUGUCAUAAUUGUUAUUUAACGGUUAUAACUUUAAAUGAUCAACAAUAUUUUACUGCACAUAUUCCUAAAAAGCUGCUAGUUUAGCAUGCUCUAAGAAAUAUUCGGUUUCAACAUGAUAUAAGAUCACAAUCAUGAUGUUAUUGUUCUUGUGUUAUCAUUAUUAUUAUUCAUAUGACUAUUAUUAUUACUACUUGUGCCUACAAAUAGCUGAGAAGUACAUCUUUUUUUUUUUCAUUUGUAUAUGACACUGAAGUUGUUUUAUGACUGAUCCUGUUGGCGAUUGAACGGCGGCGGGAUGGACUCAAUCUCGCCACUAAGUGAACUCCAAAUGCAUCAGCGGGAAAUAACCUGGCCCCUCAAAAUGGCUUCCUCAGUCCAGCCCUCACUGACUCAUCUGCUCUGAUGUCUCGGGCAGUCAGGACCCCCUCAUGUUAUCACGCAUUAAAGACAGGACAUGAACCUUUGAUGAAGACUGCUCCUUUGCAGAGGAUUAUUUCACAACUGUAUCUCAGUGUUAUCGUGUUUGAGUGGAUUUCAUGGCAGCAGGGAGCUAAAUGGACGACAGGCAUUGCCAAGCGUUUUUAAAGGUAAGCGAAGCUCGUUCAAGUGAAGUAGAAAGACUUAGGUGACAUACAGUACAGUAUACAGUGGU